AUGGCCGGGGGACCUUAUCCCGGGAGAUCGUCCACCGGUGCCUACCGGUACCCGCCCGUUUGUUUGCCCGGUCAGGUGGCAGUCAAGAACAACCACUUCGAAAACCAAGAACCCACAAACCAGCAAGAUCCAAUCAACACUCAGAACAAACAACUCAACCCAGAAGACAUUACAUCCUCCCUAGUGCAGGAAAGCCAGUCUGGAGCACCCUCUCAUAGAUAUAUCGAUGCCGGACAAGCCAAGAUCGAAGUCAUGUCGAGACCUCCCUUGUAUUUCUUGGCCGUCUCUAACUGGGGUGAACCCGAAUCAACCCUUCGAAUGCAUCUGGAAUAUUUAAACCUAUUAAUCCAAUCGAUUUUCUUGACGACCCAACUGCAGAAGAUCUUUGAGCAACGGCCGAAUUACGAUCUAAGAGGAGGAUUGAGUGGGACGGAGUCGAUCUUCAACGGCCUAGUAGAUCGACUCCAAUGGGAUCUCAGUAUCAUGAUGGCCAGCUUGACAGUCUACAGAUGCCCCCUCAGGCGAUCGGAUCAGUAA